ACACAAAACAAAUCAAAACUCCUAUUUCGUCCGUCUCUCUUAUCUAAAGCAGGAACAGAAGCAAACGUCAUCGAUGGCGUCUCACGCUUCGAAUCUGUGGGUGCUUCUAGGCCUAGGCAUCGCCGGGAUUCUGUUAGCUGCUAAGAAGCUGAAGAAAACCAUCCGCGAAGACUUCGGCGCCUUCACCGAGAAGCUCUUGCUCCUUCCCCCGCCGCCGCCUGCUCCUCCCAAAGCCCCUCACCCUCUCACCGGUCUCUCCUUCGCCAUCUCCGACCUAUUCGAUGUUACAGGCUACGUGACUGGCUUUGGUCAUCCAGACUGGGUGGGGACGCAUGAACCUGCUUCUUCAACGUCUCCUGUGGUUUCAACUCUCGUUGAAGGUGGAGCCACUUGUGUUGGCAAAACUGUUGUUGAUGAACUUGCCUUCAGUAUCAGUGGAGAAACCAAGCAUUACGAGUCUCCCACAAAUCCUGCUGCUCAUGAUCUUAUUCCUGGUGGCGCUUGCAGUGGAGCUGCUGUUGCCGUAGCAACUAACGCUGUGGAUUUUGCGUUAGGCAUAGACACAGUUGGCGGUGUAAGAGUGCCUGCCGGAUACUGCGGCGUUCUUGGAUUCAAAUCUUCCCAUGGGGCUAUUUCAAACGCAGGGAUCAUACCAGUAUCUUCUAGUCUUGACUCUGUUGGAUGGUUUGCUCGCGAUCCAAACACCCUACGUCGCGUUGGCCAUGUACUCUUGCACCUUCCAUUUGCCACACCACGGAAUCCAAGGCAAAUCAUACUAGCUGAUGACUAUUUUCAGCUGCAAAAGAUCCCUGUGGACCGGAUUACACAAGUGGUGAUCAAAUCAGCUGAAAAGCUUUUCGGAAGACAAUUGCUGAAGCAUCAGAAUCUGGAGAACUAUUUCGAAUCUAAAGUUCCUAGCUUGAAAGAGUUCGCUAGGACAAAAGCAAUCACUAGCACGAAGGUCCCUACAUCGAGACUACUGGCAAAUGUGAUGCAGCUUUUUCAAAGGCACGAGUUUCUUCAAAACCAUGGGGAUUGGAUCAACACAGUGAAGCAAGCUAUUGAUCCUGUGAUUUCUUCACAGUUGAGUGAAACUCCAGAACUAACUAACGAAGAGAUUGAGAAUCUGAAUGCAAUCAGAAAUCAGACGCGAGCUGCUAUUAAUUCACUUCUCAAGGAUGAUGGCAUUCUGGUUAUCCCAACAGUGCCAACUCUUCCUCCAAAACUUGGUAGCAAAGAGAUACUCUCUGAAGACUAUCAAAACCGAGCUUCCAGUCUACUUAGCAUUGCCAGCAUAUCGGGUUGUUGUCAGGUGACUGUGCCGCUGGGACACCACGAGAAGUGCCCUGUUUCAGUUUCUUUCAUAGCAAGACAUGGUGGUGACCGCUUUUUACUAGAUACAGUGCAGACAAUGUAUGCAUCUUUGCAAGAGAACUCCAGCGUUAUUUCCGAUCCCAAAUCAUCUAAAAAGACUAUCAGCCUAGGAGAGUCGGCUGAAAUGGCCAAAGAGAAGGGUAACCAAGCAUUCAAAGAGAAACAAUGGCAGAAAGCUAUUGGCCUUUACUCAGAAGCUAUUAAGCUAAGUGACAGCAAUGGUACCUAUUACAAUAACAGAGCUGCUGCAUAUCUUGAAAUUGGAAGCUUUCUUCAAGCUGAAGAAGACUGUACCAAAGCCAUCACUCUCGACAAGAAGAAUGUGAAAGCCUACUUACGAAGAGGAACCGCAAGGGAAAUGUUAGGCGUUUAUAAAGAAGCCAUGGAUGAUUUCAGACACGCACUGGUGUUGGAACCAAACAACAAACGGGCGUCUCAAUCAGCCGAGAGAUUGCGAAAGCUAUUCCAGUGAAGCUUGGUUUCUCUUGGUCCCUUACCUCAGCGUUCAAUGAGCAAACGUAUUUUCCUUAGAAUGAGUAUAGGCCAAUUUUGUUACACCUGUUUUCUUCUAGAAAGAAAAAGUAAAACAUUCGGAUAUUUAUGUAUUUUAAUUAUAUACAUUCUGCGGAAUAUUACGUUGCAACGAAAUUUUAGCGCU